AUGGCGGGGACCCGCCGGGCGGAGGGCGUGCCGCCGGGCUGCUUCCGGCACGGCGAGAGGCUGGCGCCGGCCAUGGGGAACGCCACGGAGAACCCGGUUGUGGGCAUCCAGAGCCCGCAGGUGUGCCAGCAGACCUGCAGAUCAGUCGCCGGCUGCGCCUACUUCGGCUACAACCGCGAGGCCGGCCAUUGCUGGCUGGCGGACGAGCAGGCGGCGCGACGCCCGUCUGCCCCAGCGGACCACACGGACGCUCUUUUCGUCAUCGGCCCCAGGGACUGCGAGGGGUCGUCCUGGGCGCGGGCGUGCAGCGCGAUGCCCGGGCCGGACUUCCCUGGCGCGACGCUGGCCGAGUCCGAGGGCGCGUGGACGGACGGCGUGGCGCCCCUGAACCUGCAGUGUUGGGAUCGAGACGAGAACUCCGAGCCGCUGCCGUGCACCGAGCGGCUGACCGUGCUGGACGACAUCGCGGACGGCGUGUGGCCGGGGCAGUGCAGAGGGCUCGAGAAGGUGGCGGAGUCCACGGAGGACUGGUGCAAGCAGACCUGCGAGCGGAGGGCCAACUGCUCCGUGUGGCAGCUGACGCGUGACGGGAGCGAGCACCACCUGACCUGUUGGCAGGGCACCGGGUUCCAGUGCUUCGACCCCCCGCACGGGGCCGAGCUCGUCGCCAGCCAGCGCAUCAUGAGGGGCCAGUACCGGGUCCUGAAGAACCUGACAGGCUACCACACCACCGGCCUCCGCACCGCCUUCCGGGCCUUUGCCGGCGUGCACGGCCUCGGCUGGAGCGGGCACGCGGCGUCGCAGGAGGGCAUCGCCGAGUGCAGGAAAACCUGCCUGUCCAUGUUGCUUUGCGAGGCGUGGCAGUACUCCAGAGACACGGGCUGUUGGGUGCACGACCCGCCCGAGCAGAUCCAGAAGCUCGCCUUCCCCUUCCCCGCCACGCGCGCGAGCAUGUCCAACACUGCGAGAGGCGCCGACUCCACCAUCAUGGGGGAAUACAUCCAACGCUCCUGCCAGCCCUUCCCGCCGGGCGCCGAGGGGGUCCCAGAGGCCCCCGCGGGUCUGCAGGGCUUCGAGAAGGUCGCGGUUGUGGGCGAGGAUCGCACGGCGGACACGCGUGCUGUCCCUGGCGCCGCCGGUGCCGCCUCGGAGAGGAAAGAACGUACCGUAGGCUCGCCCGUCUCGGUGGUCAUCAUAGACGCGGGACCGUCCCCCAACAGCGAGGACCAGAACGCGUCCGCGCCGGCACCGGGCGCGUCAGCGGGCCAGAGCACUCUUGCGCCGACGUCUACUACUGGUCCAGCCACGUCUACCAACGAGUCCACGACGACGGCCAAGUUGUCCGCAACGACGGCGGCGGCAGUGCCAAGUUGGAACGGUUGGAAGGAUCUAUUGCCACCGAUUGCCAGGAGUUGGCCAGGCCUACUGCCUGCCACUCCCACUGGCCCCGCCAGCGGGUCCACCACUGCGGCCACAGUGCCUGCUUCUGUAUCCACAACGACGGCCAUGUUCGCUUCCGCAUCCACUACUACAGCCACUUUCACGUCCGCAUCGUCAAUCAGGAGACGGGCAGCACGGCGCCGGGCGCGCCGCCCGAGGCGGCGGCCCUCGGUGCCGCUGCGCGGGCUGCGCCAGCGGCGCCGCCGGCACCCGCCGCGGCGGGACCGCCCUCGCCGGCAGGGCCACCAGUGCCGUCCACAUCGGCCAGAGGCCCGAGCUCCGAGGACUUCCGAUGUGGCGCCGCGGAGUGCGGGCCUGGGGGCCGCCGGCGCCGCGGCUGGCUCGCUGCAAGGGCUCUGGGACCCCCACCGCCCUGAGCUGCUACUCGCGCUCGCCCUGCUGCUCCUGGCCGCCGUCGGGAUCAUCGCCUGCAUGCUGCUGAGAAGAAAGGCAAAGGCUUACAUGAAGCCAGGCCGAGGCGGACACCGUCAGAUCAGCCGCGCGCAGUCGCACCGUGACGAGCCGAAGCAGCCGCUGCGGGACCAGGCCCCAGCCGCGGAGCCCGCGCCCAGGGAGACAGGCGGCCCGCCCGCCGGGGACCCCCGCGGCAUCGUCGCGGCCAGCAAGCAGGCGGCCGAGGUCAUGAGGCACAUGCGGUCUGGGCGGGGCGAGCAGGGUCAACAGCUGGACAUGAUCACCGUGGUCCCAGAGGGAAUCCUGGUGACCCCGCUGAACGGCGCCCCGCCCCCCGGCAACGUGCCGGUGCUGUCGCCGCAGUCCUCCGACGCGGCACUGGGCCUUGCGCCGCCGUCGCCCGGCGGAGCCGCGGGCGCGCAGGCCGCGCUGCUCACGCCCGCGCUCACGCCCACAGUGCCAGCGCCAGGGGCGCUUGCUCGACGGUCGACUGUCGCUGUGGCGCAGAUGCAGCAGCCGGUGAGGCGGCUGUACACGCCGGUGCCAAGACAGGCGCCGCUGGCGGAGCCGGUCGUGGGGCGGUAG